GGUUCUUGAUGAAGUCUUACAGAAACUGGUUCAGCUCAUACAGGAGGAGGAAUGUGGCCUGCAGUCUCUGUCUCUGUGUGAGUCACGCCUGCGCUCCCGGGGCACGGUGCUGGUCAACGCUCUGGGCAGCAACACCUGCCUGAGGAAAGUGGACCUGAGUGGAAACAAUAUGGACGAUAUUGGAGCCAAGAUGCUCAGCAAAGCUCUGCAGAUCAAUACGACGCUCAGUAACUUCACCUUGCAGUACAUGCCUCUGCCCCUCAGUGACAUCAGCCAAGCAUACCGCACCGCUCCUGACAAAACAGAGCAGGCCCUGACAAAGAUCCAGCGGGCCCUGGUCAGAAACAACCAGACUCAGCGUUUCUCUCAGCGACAGGCUCUGCGGCUGCACCAGGGUUUGGUCACCAGCACCGCUGAGCAGGUGAUGGAGCGCCUGUGUGUGCGCGUCCAGCAGCAGGUGUGUUUGUUACGUGGGGCUGGAGAGAAGGAGGAAAUUCAGGCUGCAAAACAAGUUUUGAAAGAGGCGAGGAACUCCCGUGCUCUCUAUCCCUCUCUGUGUGAGCUGGCUCAUGUGUUGUCUGUGGACGGACCGGUGAGGCAGAGACUGGACUCUCUGUCUGGGGAACUGGCCAAAGCUGCAGAUAAAGAGCUGCAGGUGAUUGUCGACUCAAUGGUGUCACUCUGCCGCGAGCUCUGCCCUUUAUCUUCCUCUGCAGCCGAGAGAUUAAGCCCUUCGCUCUCGUCCGUCUCGGAGCGCGUGUCCAUCCCUCGCUCCGCUAUCCGCACCGCCCUGAUGGAAAGAGCUGCACAGGAUGUUCACAGAGCCUUGGAAGAAGUGAAGCUGUCCGUGGUUUCCUAUCUCACCAACUCCAUCGUGGAUCAAAUUCUGCAGGAGCUCUACGCCACUCAUAAGACUCUGACACAGCAGGUGUCUCAUCUCAAAUGCUGGGAGGGGCCGUGUGAAGAGGAGACAGCGUGGACCUUUAACAGACACAGAGACUCUCUGGACUUCACAGAUGAAGAGCUCGGCACCAGCAUCGACACAAUUGCUAUUAAGAAGCGCAGCUCCAGAACCAGAAGAAUCCGACCCGUCUCCACCAGGCUGAGUCUGUGUGAUGACUCCAGCUCCUCCCCGCCUCCCUCCGUGCCAUCAUACUCGUCGCCGCUCUCCCACUCGGCGUCCUGGGAGGGCCUGUCUGAGCUGCCCACACAGGGCCUGCCGCUCCAUCACGUGACGCGAGUCCGGCCCAGGCCUCCGCGGAGACACCGGGGGGCUCACAUCCCUGCUGAGAUGCACUGCAGUGAAAACGGAGGAAUCAGCCCUCUGGAUGAUGGACUCCCAGACUUUUAUUCUAAAAGAGUUCUACCUGAUAGUCAGCUCUCGUCGCUGCACAAAGCACACUCUCUGAGGAGGAAGAAAAGGAGAAACAUGCUGGCCAUAUUUGGUUUCCGUAAAAACCGCAGCCAGACUCUGUCCAAUCAGGGGCCAGAGUCUGACGCAGAGGUCUUUGGAGACGGGUGUCACAUCGUUGCCACAGCGCCCACAGGAACGGCCUUGGAAAAUGUCUACACCCUCCUCCAGCCUCCACCGUCUGCUGCCAGAGCCGGAUCUCCCUGUGACGGGGCUGAUGGGAAACCAGGCGACCACCAGGGGAAAAGUAGUCUGGUUCUGAGUCCGCCUCCAGUUCCAGGCAUCCCUCACCCAGCUGUGGGAGGAGGAAAAUACCCCUUUUAUUCUCCCAGAGAGGUGUCUGAGGUGGACGCUGUCUUUGAAGCCCAGGUGGAGACAGACAAGUUCUGGGCAGACGACAAACAGAGGACCACAGAGGUGCUGCAGGCAGAAACUGACUGGAUCAUGGAGGGUCGGCCAAACGAUCCACAUGCGGAGAGGCAGAGGUUGGACGAUCAGAUACCAGAAARAACUUUUGGAGAGCCCAGAAUGAUCGAGAGACAACCGGACAAGUACGGGACUGAGAGCAAACCUUCAGAGAGACAUUUGGAGAAACAGUGGACUGUGGACAGACACACCCAACGGCAAAUUGACAGGAAAAUAGAAAGACAGUGGGUGGGCGGAAGACAGAUUGAACGAUUGUGGUCUGAAAACAGGCCAACGGACCUGCAGGUAGACAACCAGGGGACUGAGAGCAGACACCCUGGAAGAAAGUUGGAUAGACAAGUCCAGGCGCUYCAUCUGGCUCAAAGGCCACUGCCUCCUUACCCAUCAGACAAGACGCCGUCUCCCAAACAGGGCAGUGAUCCUCUGAAAAACACAGAGGUGGCAGCAGGCUUAGAGUGGCAGCAGCAGGAUUUCCCAGGAGACAGGAAGCCCGGUCUUGAUGCCAGUUGGGGUUCCACAGAUGGAUGGAGGAGCGGUGGAGAAGGAGGAGGAGGAGGAGGGGUCUCUGCAUGUCGAGUGGCGUCAAAACCAGAACCCCCUUCACAGAGUAGUAAACCAAACCUGUCCAAGAUGAGGCAGAGACAUCGGCGUGAGAGCUCCGAUACUCUACCAGGUGAAGAAGGUCUGAGACCUCAGGCACCRGUCAAACCACAGAGGAACAGAAAAGCAUUGUCCUGUGAUGCAGGCACUGAAAGACAAAGUCCUAAUAAUGUUGAGAAGCCCCCAAAUCGCAACCCCCCCAUGAAAAAACCUAGACUACCACAAAACAGAAAUAAAUCACUGGACGUGUCUG